AUGUCUCGUCCACAGAAAAGCCCUAUGCACUGGCCGUCGUUUCCAGAUAUACCAAUUUAUCUCGAUACCGGUGAUGAACGCGCAACAGCCAAGACAUACGGUACGACCCCUACAACGCCAACUACACCAGAUAUCAUGCCUCCACACCGUCCGACACACUUGAGCCCGGCACAUAUCCACGCACCUCCGAUCAGUCCAGUUGAACCGAGCCCUACUACAACAAUUGAGACAUCCAGUCAUCGUUCAAUCAUCUGGCCGAUCCCUGAGCCACCGCCAGAGAUCCAACAACAGCAAGACUCUCGUCGACCAACUCUUCGCUUCUUCCCAACGCAGCGCCCGCGUGUCCGCCUUGAUAACGUGCACUCACUUCAGAUACCACAGCUGGAUGAGAAGACCCCCAUCAGUAGUCUUCAUCCAGGUCUUGGAAUAAUGAAUGGACCGCCAAAGCCUCCCUCUAUCGAAGUCUCCGCCCCUAUGGAGGACGUCGAAGACCAGCCAAACAUCGCUGAAAGGAUAGAGAGACGAUUGUACCAGUACAGCAUCUCAGGCAAUAUUAUCAAGAGAUGGCUCUUGGAACUACUCAGCUGGAUUUUCAGUGCCUUCUGCAUGGCCUCAAUCAUUGGUGUUCUCAUAUACUUCAAGGAUGACCCUCUCAAAAAUUGGACACUGGAGAAAAGGACGGGAGUGACACUCAACGCAUAUAUCUCUGUGCUUUCCAAAAUGGCUGGAGCAGCUUUGAUUCUUCCUGUAUCUGAAGCUCUUGGCCAAUUGAAGUGGAGUUGGUUUCAGCAGAACUCUAAGCGAAUGUGGGACUUCGAGAUCUUCGAUAACGCAUCUCGUGGCCCUUGGGGAUCCAUGCUGCUUCUUCUACGCACCAAAGGCAAGGCACUGGCGGCACUAGGUGCCAUGAUCACGCUGUGUAUGAUGGCACUCGAUCCUUUCUUCCAACAGGUUGUGAACUUCCCCGAUCGCUGGGCCUUGGAAGAUACUCCGAGCAAGAUUCCAAGGACCAUUCGAUACGAUCCUCAUGCGGGUGUGGAAUAUCUAGACGGGUUCGAAAUGUCUCAAGACGACCCGGAUUUGUUUCAUGUGGUCGAGAAGUUCUCCUAUGGCAAUGGAACACAGCCCGUCCCUUUUGGAAAUGGAACACGCCCGGAGAUUCCUCUGUCAUGUCCUACCAGUAAAUGUACAUGGCCCUUGUAUGAGACGCUAGGUGUCUGUAGCCAAUGCGCUGACGUAUCGGAAUACCUCACAUACGCUUGCUUGGACAGUACAAUCGACUGGACAGCGAACACGCAGGGGCUUUUUACUCAGGACGCACCAUAUCCGAAUGGAACUAUGUGUGGUUACUUCCUAAACGCUACUAGCGAGGCUCCUGUCAUGAUGUCGGGCUAUCUCUUCGACUCCAAUGGCUCCGUGAAGGGAGAAGCUCUAGCGACGCGCGCCUUCCCUUUGACCGCGAUUACUACUAAAGAGCCACUCUAUGGUGACGGCUCCAUCCUAUUCAAGAAUCUUCGUAACACCAUCGCGGAUGUUCUUCUGGUUUCAGCAAGCGGAGGUCUACCCGAUACUGUGUAUCGAAACAUUCGGCCAAUUGCACAAGAGUGUGUCUUGACUUGGUGCGUCCAGACAAUCAAAUCCUCUUACGACUACGGCAAGUAUGAAGAGGAGGUUGUGAAGACUUACCUCAAUGAGAGUGCGGGUGAUUUCCCCUGGCAAGCCUUCUCCUAUGUUGAUGAUGGGGGAGAAGCCUCUGUGGACAUGUUUUACCUGCAAGACAUCAACAUAAACAAUGGCACCACUCCCGAUGGCAACAGUAUAUCUGGUUACGGAGCGUCGAACACUACGGCAGUGUCGAUCAUCCAGGGACUCAUUGAUAUCUUUCCCUCUUAUACAACAGUGAUGAACGAGUCUGCCGUUCCCGUCAUGCGAUACAAGACGUGGCAGGCAGGGCCGUCGUGGAAUCGACAGCUCGAAUACAACCCUUGGCUUGCACCAAAUGUUUCGAAGCACAUGGACAGGCUUGCGACUGCGAUGACGAACGUCAUACGCUCUGCUCCAAGCAACGAGAUGAUUACUGGACAGUCUUUUAGCAGGGAAACGUACAUUUCAGUGCGUUGGGAGUGGCUUACCUUGCCGAUUGGCCUCUUGAUGAUGAGCUUCAUCUUUCUAGCUGCUACAAUAUUCAAGUCUGCACUCGAGAAAGAACAACUCGGCGUUCUAAAGAACUCAGCCAUUCUAACAUUGUUGUACGGCGUCUCUGACGACAUGCGCACCAAACUUACGCGGUCCUCCAGCACAGGUACACCGAGAGCAAAAGCAAAAGAGCUCAAGGUCAAGCUGAAUCCGAACAUGGGAUGGAGGAUAUCAGGAAAUCUCUUCUCGCCAGUCGCACCACGGCCACCUCAACCACCACCAGGUUGGAUCUGA